GGUCUCGGAAGCACAAGACCCUCUCCAUAGAUCAAGAUGAGUUCUGGGCUUUCAGAAAACGGGCCAGAAAAAGGUCUAUUAUGUCGGCUACUCACAGGGCACCACCAUGGGUAGGUUCACAGGAAAGAAGGUUGGUAUACACAGAAGUAUGAGCCUGUGAGCCUAUGACCCAAGCUGUGGCUUGGCACAGUAAUUACUCCUCUCACCAGGCCUGCUCCCCUUCAGUGGCUCGAAAAGCUUCAGGGAACAGAGACUGAGGGAAGCCUCGGAUGUGGCAGAAAGAAGUGUGGAUUCAAACACCAUCUCUGCUAUUCUUUAGAUGAUACCCUAAAGCAAUUCCUUUAUCACACUGGUUUCAGUUUCUUCAUCUGCAAAAUGUAGAUAAUAAUUCCCUCUUAUGGGUAUUCUAACUGAUUGAACUACAUAAUACAAUCAUACAUGUUAGCUCUGUAAAGGCAGGUGUUUUGUCUAAAGCACAGUUGAGAUAGAAGUUUCUACUCUAUGGCAUUCCCCCUUCCCCAAAUGAAUGUGUUCAGCAAAUGAAACCUUGGGUUCACAGUUGGCCUCACAGUGAGCAGUAAGAAAGACAGAGAGUAUUAUUACUGAAUGACAAGCAGAAAUGGUGGUGCAAACUCAAGUUUUUCUCUUUACCAGUGUCUGGGAUCAGGUGCUUACAUCCUGCUUUGAGGGAAUAUUUGAGAGACUUCGAUGACAGCCCCUCAAGAUAACAUCACUUAUAUGGAAGAUGGAAAUGGGGCUAUUCUGGCCUCAUAUCAGACCUAAACCAACAGGGAAGCAGUUGCUAGGGUGCAGUAAGAUAAAGAACGAUCUGUGUAACAGAAUGAGGAUUCCUGAGACUAAUUAGGGCUCUUUGUCUGUGUUUUGAAGCUAAGCCCUGAGUUGAGAGCAGACCAGUUUUCUUAGGAAAUCUCUGCACUUUUUAGUAAAGGUAACUUGUCUAGCUCCUAGAACAAGGUUUAUACUCAUUAGAGAGAGGAAGUUAAGCGGAUUCAGUAUUGUCUUCGUAUCGUUUUUUGCUUUCAUAAUAACAGCCUUAUAUGCAGACUUACUAACUACAUCAUUUUGCUUUAUGACAGAAGAAGGACAUUUGGAAUAAAUCUUUAUCUCCAUUUUACAGAUGAAUAAAGUGUGACAUAAUGACUUAAGAAGCCAGUAACUGCACUUGCACAUGUCUAAUAACCAGUGUAGCAUGAGGGAAGCUCAUUGCAUAGAAAUUCUCCAAAUACAUUCCUCAGCUCCUAAGAGUCUUACUUCCAUCUCCACAACCACUGGGGAUGAGGAAGCCAAAUCUUUCCAAGAGCAACAGACAUGGAUGCUUCUGACCCUGCUACCAUACUGAAGCAUUAUGACUUCAGGCCAAAACCUUCCAUAGGCACUGGGUUAACUCAUAGGGUGCUUGCCAUUGCCCUAACUCAACAGUACACCACAGUGCCAGCAGACCAUGCACUCGCUCUGGCCACGGAGACUCACUCCCCAGGUGGUUUGCUUCUGCAAAAGCUCUCUUUGGUCAUUAAACAGUGUCACCAAACUUACCUUUUACUAGCUUUUGUUUCCCGUGGCCAUUUACCUCUGUCUGAAAUCCCUCCGGUUUAGGCUCUGUCUCAGUCUAUUAAAGAAAUAAAGGACUUAAUGUAUUUACUUCGAGAAAUUCAAAGGAGGAGGUAGAAUGACGAGAAAAUCUAUUGUAUGUGCAAGUGCAACUUUUUAUAGGAAAGUUCAUGUGUAUCAAAUCGUCAGCAUUUCCCCUCAAAUUUACUCAUCCCCAGGGGACAUGUCAUACAGAGUUGCAAAGACUAAACUAGAUACACCCAAGCUCUAGACUGCAACUUUUCUCAAGCAGAUAGCAUAAUUUGUACAAAAAAAAAAAUUAACCUGACUCUGAAGAACAGCAAGCACAGCAAAGUGACUAUUUUUGUCUAUCUUUCUCCCUUGCUUUGUAUCACUCACAACACAGUCGGGAUCUGUGGUUUACUAGGGCUUCUUGGGUUUUACUCAUGAAACCAGAUAAUUUCAUAUUAAAAAAAAAAUUCCAACAAUCUCUGAGGAUCAUUGCUUACAUUGUGUGACAUCCUGUAAAAAUAAUGUCAUAUUGGGAAUCAAAAAUUCUAAUGGCUGCCAGAACUGAGAGCCCAAAUUCCAUGCACUCAUUUUUAAGUGAUACUCUAAUGAAGGAGAGAAGCCUGGGUUUCCCACUUCCUUAUCUGAAUUUUGGAUAACAGCAAUGGGCUGCAGUGUUGCUGGCUCUCAUCAAACCACAAAUAGAGGAGCUACCGUGUUUCAUAUCUCUGCAAUCCAGAGGGUUUUUUUUUUAAUGGUUUUUCUAUACUCAAUUUGUUCAGCUUAACAUCAAGGCAAAGCUGCUGAUGGCAGGGCUUGAUGCUGUUUUCAGAGGAAUGUAUGAGUAAGAAAUCAAAGAUUAGUCUAAUGGUAAACCAUGGAGCUAUUAAAACAAAAACCUUGAACUUGCUUCGCAUGAAGAGCAGUCUUCCUGGAAAGGUUACUUAUGGUUCUCCAAAAUGUGAGUAGAGUUCUAAUCUGGUCAGAAUUAAUCUGGUGAGGACAGGCAUGUGUAUUCCCAUCGUUUCGUACUCACAGUAUAGCUGAGAGAGCAAGAGAUAGCAAGUCUCCUGUGUGUUUGCCUUUGCAUACAACUAGCAAACCCAGUCAGAUGCAGAGAACUGUAUAGAGGGAUUUCGUCUUUUCUUAUACCCAUUCACCUUCUGAGAAUAGAACAGAAGUCAUGAGUUGAGGUUUUCUCAUCCUUGAACUAGAGAUAUCAUCCUAAACAGAGGAUGUGCAAAUAUGCCUGAUUUCAAAUGUAAGAUCUGUCCUGGCUUCAUGGGACAGCUUUUCUCUUCCAUAGGUUCUUCUUCACUAAACAAGAGUAUAUUGGGGAAAAUGUUCUCUCUAACCCAGGUGUAAGAGCUGAGCAAUUUAACUCAAUUUGAACUUCCUACUUGAAAACAAGUGUAAGAGGUAACAUAUGAAACACAGACAUUUUUGCAUUGAGUCCCCCACAACACACACACACACACACACACACACACACACACACACACACACACACACACAUUAUGCCCCUGAAGCCUACAACUGCAUUGGAGGAAGGUCAAGACAUAAUCACACAUAAUUAUUAAGGAAUUUUGACAGAAGUAAAAUAUGCAUUUUAUAAGUUCUGAACUAUUUAGUACCCACGGUGAUAAAUUUUUCUCUCUUACAGGCUUUAUUGCAUUUUCCACAAUGCCAGAGCUAGCUCAUAAAAUCAAAAUGUAUUUUGCCUUAGCUCCUAUAGCCACUGUUAAAUAUGCAAGAAGUCCUGGUACCAAAUUUCUGCUGCUGCCAGAUAUGAUGAUCAAGGUAUUAUUUGGCAGACAAGAGUUUUUAUACCAGACUAGAUUUUUCAGACAGCUUUUUAUUUACCUUUGUGGCCAGAUGAUUCUUGACCAAAUCUGCAGCAACAUCAUCUUACUCCUGGGAGGUUUUAACACAAACAAUAUGAACAUGAGCAGAGCAAAUGUGUAUGUCGCCCAUACACCUGCUGGAACGUCUGUGCAGAACAUUCUCCACUGGAGCCAGGCCGUGAAUUCUGGGGAACUUCGUGCCUUUGACUGGGGAAGUGAGACCAAAAAUCAGGAGAAAUGUAAUCAGCCAACUCCUAUAAGGUACAAAGUUCGAGAUAUGAUGGUCCCAACAGCAAUGUGGACUGGAGGUCAAGACUGGCUUUCAAAUCCAGAUGAUGUGAAAACAUUACUUUCUGAAGUAACCAACCUCAUCUACCACAAGAACAUUCCUGAGUGGGCUCAUGUGGAUUUCAUCUGGGGGCUGGAUGCCCCUCAGCGUGUUUACAAUGAAAUUAUACAUCUGAUGAAGCAGGAGCCCAACCUUCCCCAGGGAACCUGCAGGGUCAAAUUGUGAAGCUCCUGCAAGUCUUAGAACAACCCCAUGCGGAAUGGGCAGGGCCAUGGGAGGAUGGAUGCUCAAAGAAAUGUACAGACUUGGAAACCUGCUAUAUCAGUUAGUCAGAAGGACAGAGGAGAUACCCAGAUGCCAGAAGACCUCCUGGUCCAAAUUAAAGCUUCAUUUGUUUCUUCAUUUGACACGAAAGCUGAUACUUACACUUUUUCCAGUUGGUUAAACUCAGUUGGUGAACACAGGUUUUCUGUGCUUUCUAUCUUUGUCAUGGUGCAAUGUAGUUUUUACUUACCCACAAGAUGUAUCUAGACUGUUAUCAUUGCAUCAUUCAACCUUUCCAACAUAAUUUUUGUUUUUGAAAGUCGAAUUUUUAGAGCAUUAAAAGCAAUAAUUGGGGCAGGGAUCAAAAUUGUAAAUCUUUGGAUUGUUGACUUGGAUAAAAUGAAGUGGACCUUGCCAUCACAUUGCCAUAAAGACAAGACACUUCUUUAAGAAGCCAGGCUAUUUGGUCAUCAACUGAAAACUGAAAUCAUUGUGGGUAGGUGGAGUCUAACUAAACAAUCAAGUUUUAAAGUUGGAUCUCAAAGCUUAUUUUGUAGGAUAUUUAUGAGUUUUCCAAUAAAUUAAUUAUGUAGCUCCCAUGUCAUGUCUGUGUAUCAGUACUAAGAUUUUCAUCUGCUAUUAGACCAGCUGCUCCAAAUGAGUAAAAUGAAAUAAACUGUUGUGUAUUUUAUCCUUUAAUCAAUGCCGAAUCACUCUUAGAUAAUCUCCAAACUCUUGCAUAGAUCUAGAUUUAUGUCCUUGGAAAACUCUUUAAUUUUCACACAAUUUCAAAUAUGACAGUAGUAAAUUAUGAGUAUUAUUUGGCAUUCUACUCUGAAGACAAAUAAAAGCUCUCCUGUGCCUGUUGGAGUUCCAGUUGAGAAUAUACAGUUGUUUGUUAAACAUACAUUAGACUGUGAAGUUCUUUUUUUCCCCCAGAGUUGCCUGGUAAGUUAGUCCAAUGUUACCAAAUCUUAGGUAAAUUACUUAGUAAUAUUUAGGGACUUCAGGACCCCAUGUGUACCCUUAGGGUCUAUAUAUAGCUUAGUAUACAUGUCCAGAUUUGAUUUUUGUUGAACCUCUUGUAAAAAAUGACUGUUAUUAUAAAUGUAUCAGUAAAUUAA